AGUAUUGCAAUGGCUGUUCCAGGAAAGAAGGUCGGUCAGCAGUUUACAACAUUAACAUCAAAAUAUUCUGAUGACACUCUUAAAGUUUAUUGCCAGCCUUGUGACAAAGAUGGAAUUACAUUAUCUGCCCAUGGCUACUGUAAGAAUUGUUGUGAACACUUAUGUGAGUCAUGUUUCAACUUCCAUAGAAAACAUACACUUUCUCGAGAUCACUUUCUGCUAGACAAAACAAUCAUGCCACAAACCAUACAACCUUCUUCAACUGCUCAUUAUAGUGGGCAUGAUAAUCUUAUGAAACCCUGUCCGAAGCACAAAAAAGAAUCAAUCAAGUACUUCUGUGAUAUUCAUAACGCGUUUUUAUGCAGUGUUUGUGUUACUCUUGAACAUCAACCUACAACCUGCAAAAUUAGCUACAUACCUGAUAUUUCUGAAAAUGUCAUUGAUAGCAAAGAGUACCAAGAAAUCUUGAAAACCAUGGACGCUAUUUCACUUCAAUAUCAUGAAAUAAAACAUCGUGCGGAUAACGCAUUUUCAAGAUCGAAGAGUUCUUUGGAGAAUGUAUUAGUGGGCAUCAAGAAAUUCCGUAAAGAAAUAAACAAACGAUUAGAUGAGCUUGAGAUGCAAACAGAACUUGCAGCAAAUAACAUUCAACAAGAAAGUUCCGAAAACUUCAGCACAGUAGAAACAGCUUGCAAUGGUGCUACUAACAUUCUUCAGACAUCAUCUGAUAAUAUUAAACAAUUUAACACAUCAAAGCAAGCAGAUGAACUUUUCAUGGAACUUAAGUACGCAAAUCAAACGAUAAGGAAGUAUGGGGAAGAACUUUCAGAUUUAGCCAACAUUUGUUUUAAGGAGUAUUACUUUACACCUAAUGAAGCAGUUUCAACGUUGCUCACAAAAGAAAAGUCACUUGGUACAUUAGUAAAGGCACCACUCAAAACAGAAUCUACAGAACCUUUACCUAUAAAGUCUGGACAAUUUUCUUGCCAAGGAGAAAUCCGUGUAAAGACAUCAGAAGAUAAAUAUGAAUGUUGGAUAAGCGGAAUAACUCUUACUAAUCCCGAUCUUCUUAUCAUAACUGACUGUGAAAAUAAAGCUGUAAAGAUGGUUGAUAUUAACAGCCAAAUGGUUACUGAUCAAUUACAACUAGAUACUAUACCACAUGAUGUUACCAGAGUGAGCAACACGAAACUUGCUGUCACACUUCCAUUCAAACAAACAAUACAGAUUGUAUCAAUCCUUAAAAAAAAACUCACACAAAAAUCUAUUAUAAAGGUAAAUGGAGACUGUCUUGGCAUUAGUUGUUAUCAAAAUAAAUUGGUUGUGUCAUUUUGUAGUCCAGCAAAACUGCAGAUUCUUGAUAUAAAUGGCACAAUAUUGCAAUCAUUUGAAGAUGGACAUUUUAUUGAGAUGGCUGUUCCAGGAAAAAAGGCUGGUCAGAAACUUACAGCAUCACAACAAAUUAAGGAUUCUGAUGAAGAACUUAAGGUUUACUGCCAGCCAUGUGACAGAGAUGGACCAAGAUUGCCUGCUCAUGGUUUUUGCAAGAAUUGCUGUGAACACUUAUGUGAGCCCUGUUUCAACUUUCACAAAAAGCACACUCUUUCCCGAGAUCACAUACUUCAAAACAAAACCAACAUGCCAAAGAUCUUACAGCAUUCUUCAAUUGAUGCUAAAAAGCCUGAUAACCUUACGAAACCUUGCUCUGAACAUAAGAGGGAAGUCGUUAAAUUCUUCUGCCAAGACCAUAAUGCACUACUUUGCAGUGUUUGUGUUACUCUUGGACAUCAACCUACUUCUUGCGAAGUCAGCUAUAUACCAGACAUUUCUACAAAUGUCAUUAACGGAAAGGAGUAUUCAGAAAUCUUGAAAACCAUGGAUACAAUUUCAAAUCAAUUUCAUAAAAUUAAAAAUCAUGUGAAAAAAGCAAUUUCAAAAUCCAACAAUUCUUUAAGUAUUGUGUUAAAAGACAUAAAAGACUUUCGAAAAGAAAUCAAUCAAAGGCUAGAUGAACUGGAAAUACAAGCAGAGAGUACAGCCAACGACAUGCUCCAUGAAAAUACUGAAAAUCUAAACAAAGUAGAAACAGCUUGUGAUGAUGCCAUCAACGUUUUUCAGACAACAACCGAUACAUUCAAACAACUAAACGCAUCACAGACAGCAGAUGUACUUUUCUUUGAAAUAAAAAACGCAGAACAGAUGCUUAAAGAUUAUAAGAAAACGCUUGCAGAUUUAGUCAACUUUGACAUCAAGCAGUACAACUUCACACCGGAUGAAACAAUAUCAACUUUUCUCACAAGACAAACAUCAUUAGGUACAUUAUUAGAGAAACCAACAACCAAAACAAAAUGCACAUCAGCAGCCUCGCAGCUCAAAUCGUCUAGGCAGUUUGUUUGCAAGGGCGACUUCAGUGUGAUAACAACACAAGAUAGAAAAAGAUGCUGGAUAACAGGAAUGGCUCUCCUUACUCCAGAUCUUCUUAUCAUCACUGACUACAACAACAAGUCUGUAAAAAUGUUGGAUAUUGUAAGUCAAUCUGUGACAAAUCAACUACAACUAGAAACUUCACCACGUGAUAUUACCACAGUCAACAGUUUGGAACUUACUGUCACCCUUCCGUACGAACAAUCAAUUCAGUUUGUAUCAAUUUUAUCAAACAAACUAAAUAGGAAGCAAAAGAUGAAGGUUGAUGGAGAAUGUCGUGGUAUAAGUUGUUUUCAAGAUAAACUUAUUGUUUCGUUCACCAAUCCUGCGAAAUUACAGAUUCUUGAUAUAAACGGGACUGUAUUGAAAAUCUUUGAAGAUGAACAAGUCAGGUCUCCAUUAUACAUCACAGCAAAUAGUCGGUUUAUCUAUGUAUCUGACUGGGAAAUGAAAACAGUAACAAUAUUUAAUUGGCAGGGUUGUUCGAUUGGUAGCUAUGGAAAUAACAGUGAUAUGGAAGCGCCUAAGGGAAUAUCACUGACGGAUGAUGGCACAGUAUUUGUGUGUGAUGAGAAGAGAAACGUUAUAGAAGAGAUAUCAGGAGAUUGCUCCACGGGAAGAAUUGUAUUGAAGGAUCGGCAGGAACCAUAUGCUGUGUCUUGGUGUGGAAAAACAAGGACGUUGUACAACAGUUCCUUUACUGGAUAUGACAAAGAUGACAAUGUCGUUAAAAUGACUAAGGUGACAGAGAGUAUAAAACAAAAACAACUCUGUUGAAACUGUUACAUUAGUGCGGAAACUGCUAUCA